AUGAGCGCAUCAAGGUUCAUAAAGUGCGUCACGGUUGGUGAUGGAGCUGUUGGCAAAACAUGUUUGCUCAUUUCUUACACCAGCAACACCUUUCCCACGGACUAUGUCCCCACUGUUUUUGAUAACUUUAGUGCUAAUGUGGUUGUAAACGGGGCAACCGUGAAUCUUGGAUUGUGGGAUACUGCAGGGCAGGAGGAUUACAACAGAUUAAGACCAUUGAGUUACCGUGGAGCUGAUGUUUUCAUACUAGCUUUCUCUCUGAUUAGUAAGGCUAGUUAUGAGAAUGUCUCCAAGAAGUGGAUCCCUGAGUUGAAACACUAUGCUCCUGGUGUCCCCAUUGUCCUUGUUGGUACCAAACUAGAUCUUCGGGAUGACAAACAGUUUGUUGUCGACCAUCCUGGUGCUGUCCCUAUUACCACUGCUCAGGGAGAGGAGCUCAAGAAGCUAAUUGAAGCGCCUGCUUACAUUGAAUGCUCUUCAAAAUCACAAGAGAAUGUGAAGGGAGUCUUUGAUGCAGCCAUCAGAGUGGUUCUUCAACCUCCAAAGCAGAAGAAAAAGAAGAGCAAAGCACAAAAGGCUUGCUCCAUUCUGUAA